AUAAACAAAAAUUGAGCCCAAUUGGACGGUGACGUCGAGCAAGCUCAACCAUUGAAAGUUGAAAGCUCAGAACACCGCAGACAUGGCGCUUUCGAUUCUAUCACCGUCUCGUCCUCUUGAACUCGGACUCCGUCGCUCCACCAUCCGCCGAACCAGAUGCUUCGUCGUGGCGGAGCAGUCCCAACGAGCCAAGAAGGAGCUACUGGACCUCGUCUCCGACCAAGAUCGAGGUCUGAAAACGCAGAAGGACGCCGCGAAACGAGAUGCGAUCGUGAAGGCGAUCGAUGCCAUGGCCGAAAUCGGGCGUGGCACCGUUACCACUGGAGAAUCACUGUCCGCCACGUGGCGGAUGCUGUGGACGACGGAGAAGGAGCAGCUCUUCAUCAUAGAGAAAGCCGGUUUGUUCGGAACUCGCGCCGGCGACGUGUUACAGGUGAUCGAUGUGGAGAAGAGGACGCUGAAUAACGUUAUCACUUUCCCUCCUGACGGAGUUUUCUUCGUCCGGUCUGAUAUCGAGAUCGCUUCUGAGCAGAGAGUAAAUUUCAGAUUCACGAGUGCGGUAUUGAGGGGAAGGGAUUGGGAGAUACCGCUGCCACCAUUUGGACAAGGCUGGUUUGACACCGUUUAUAUUGACGACGAUAUCCGAGUCGUAAAGGAUACGAGAGGAGACUACCUGAUUGUUGACCGAGCUCCUUAUAACUGGGAAGAAUGAAUGACGUGUUUUAUGAAGGCCCAAUUCCUGGAGCUGGAAAAAAUGGCCAAAAUGAAGAAUUGAUUUGUCCCGGAAGCACAUCGAUGCCUAGUUUGACCACCCACUCUAAAAGCCAUUAUCACCCACCCACAAUACUCUGCAAGUACAAUAAUGGAAGUGUCAAAGCCAAUCUAAAAGAAACGGUGGGUUUGAGUGUAGGAUCUCCUUUUGUUGAUCUCGCACUUAAGCAUGGAGCCUGGCCACCACCAAAUGCCUCCUUUCUCUCUCUUUUUCCCCUUCUCAUACUGUAAACGGAUUAGGUCGUCUAUGAAGAUAGAGGCGGUUAAUUGUAUAUCUCAUUAAAUUAUUAUACACCAGUGAUCUUAAUAACGCAUUACCGGUUGAUACUC